AUGAUAUCUCUUUUGCAGUACCUCAGCGUGAGAACGGGCCUGCUGGUGGGAAUACCACCGCUACAGCCUCCCGUCGCACCGCCAGCAGUGCCGGAUCCUCCUCGCAGUCACGGAGGCGGUUCUAUCGGUCGGGACUUGACCGUCAUCAACCGCUCCGAGCCUCAGAUUCCCAAACCGGUGUUGAUAGCUGCUGACGACGACUGCGCUGAGGACAGUAACCAGAAGGCGGCUAGGAACCAGUUCCGGGCGCGCACCGUCAAGGGAGCGAACAAUGGUGUCGCGCUGCGGCAAUACGCCGAGGCGACGCUCGGAGGAGGCAGCCUGCGCAAAGUCGUGAAACUGCCUGAGGGGGAAGACGAGAACGAGUGGAUGGCAGUCAAUAUGGUCGACUUUUACAACCAGAUCAAUCUCCUCUACGGCGCCAUUACCGAGUUCUGCUCGCCUCAGUCGUGCCCUGAGAUGAAAGCGACUGACGAGUUCGAGUACCUGUGGCAGGACAAUGAAAACUACAAGAGACCUACCAAGAUGGCCGCCCCAGACUACAUCGAGCACCUGAUGGCCUGGGUGCAGAGACACAUUGACGACGAGCAGAUCCUGCCGAGCAGGAUUGGCGUACCCUUCCCCAAGUCGUUUCCGUCGACUGUGCGACAGAUCUUCAAGCGCAUGUAUCGAGUGUACGCCCACGUCUACUGCCACCACUACGCCGUCAUCCGAGAACUCGGCCUGGAGCCCCACCUCAACACGAGCUUCAAGCAGUACGUGCUCUUUGUUGACGAGCACAAGCUCGCGAGUGGGAAGGACUUUUACGGCCCGCUGAACGAUCUUGCCGAGAAGAUGAUUGAAAGCGAUUGA